UACCUCUUCUAGGGAAUGUAAAGUCAUUAUAAUUGCUUGAUAAACUUAAAAUGAUUUGUUCAGAAUUUCCUUCUAAUAUUGUCCCUCCUUUGCAGCUUAUCUAUAAAAUGUAAUCUAUAUUUGUAUAGUUGACCAUUGCGUGUUUCUGCCGUAAUUUUCUUGCUGUAUCAGAAAUGGUUCAGUGCUGUUACAGCCAAUGGAAACAGACCAGUCAGUUCUCUAAAUAAAAUAGUCCAUUCAGCACUUUAAGCCCAGACUGCUUUGUUUGUUCAUACAGUUUUAUAAAAUCAAAUAAGAAUUUUACCAAAGGAGCAGCUUGUAAAUACGUUUUGUAAUGUGAUAACGUGUAGGCAGUACAGUAACAGCUUGUAUUAUCAUGCUCUGCCAAUUUUUUUUGCUUGGCGUAAGGACAGUAUGAGUACCCUAAGCUGACUGAAGAGAAAAGCACUCUUGCAAAAAUCAUAACGGGAUAAACCCUCUUCGCAUAGAGCCUUGUAUGUGUUGCAAGCAUCAGAAUGGAGGUGGUGUUUUAAGGUCUGGUGUGUUAUGAUAGGAGCACCAUUUAAAAAAAGGCUGGUGUCAAAAUAAAUCCAGUUAGCUGAACCAGUGUGCUGCAUUGAGCAGUGUUGUAAUGUUACCAAACCCAGACUGUGAACUGCACUUUGUGCAAAGACAAGUACGGGCUACAGCAUGCUGACAAAAUCCCUUUGUGUCACGAGGUGCCUGUUCUUGGUGUCUGAUUGGUUGUAGUGUCCUUGUGGGUGUCCUAGAAUUUAAUUUUGACUAAUGUGGCUGUCCCAAUCUGAGUAGUAGGUGUGGUGUGCCUGCUGCUUAGUAUUUGUGUUACAGUCACGCUGAGCAAGCUCGGGCAUACGCAGUUAUCUCAUUUUUAAAAUCGUGUGCAUUCAAUGAGUACUGUGCUCUGUCAUGACUGUAAGAGGCAAAGAGAUGGUUACAUGACCGUUGUGGGAAAAAAAUCAAGCUAGGAGGAGCAGUUUAUAACUACGGAAGGUCCAGUAAAUUGAGUUGUGGAUGGCAUUAUGAAUUGUGUUACAUGACUUGUUUCUUAAGUAGCACGGUAAUUUAAAAUUAGGUUUAAGACAUGGGAAUCGCAUUGUUUGUGCUUCUUUGUCACCCUGUAGCUAACUCUGCGGAGCUGAUGGGUGAAUGUGAACAUAGCAUUAGAGAAUAGGGAAAUGUACAAAUGCAAAAGGCAGUUUUUGCUUAAACCAGUGAAGAAAUACACAUCUUUACUUUUGGUUCGAGUUCUGAGCAGAGUGAUGCACAACAACAAUAAAAAUAAAACCCUGCUUAUAUGUGAAGCUGCCAAAGGUAGCCUAACAAAUCACUCACCUCAGUAUUGGUCCUUAAAGGAUGUCCCAGAUCACAACAACAAGGAGAAGAAAAAGGAGAAGGAGAAAGAGAAGGAAAAGGAGAAAGAGAAGAAGAAGCACAAAGUGAUGAAUGAAAUUAAAAGGGAAAAUGGAGAGGUCAGGUUGCUGCAGAAAGGUGAAAAAGAGAGGCCCAAGAUAAAUUCGGAGGAGCUGCAGAUCAAAAAGGUGAAGAAGAAAAAGAAAAAGAAACACAAAGAGGGCGAGAAGAGAAAGCGGCCCAAGAUGUACAGCAGGUCCAGUCAGACGGUGUGCUCGGGGCUCGUGUCGGACGUGCGCGGCCUGGAGUGGAAGCCGGGCAGGGAGGAGCAGGGCGACGUCAAGCCCGCCCCGUGCCUCCUGGAAGGCUGCCGGCCGGAGGACAGGCCUCCGGAAGGCAGCGACCCCGCGUUCGUGUCCGUCAAGGCGCCGCGGGUGCAGACCCAGCUGCCCGGCCUGGACAACCUGGAGUUCCGGCGCUUCAUUCACGUGGAGCAGCAGCCCAACGGGGGGGCCUUGGUGGCGCACGCCUACAGCGAAGAGCUUUCCCGCCUGUCUCCUGUGGAGAUGCAGAGGUUUGCCGACGAGUUCGUGACGCUGUCCUUCAGCGAGGACGAGAACUGCGCGGCUCACUAUGUGAUGGGGAUCAUUCACGGAGCAGCUAUGUACCUCCCGGAUUUCCUGGAGUACUUUUCUUUCAACUUCCCGAAUUCUCCCGUGAAAAUGGAGAUCCUGGGGAAGAAGGACAUCGAGACAACCACCAUGUCGAACUUCCACGCUCAGGUAAAAAGAACGUACUCUCACGGGACGUACCGAGCUGGUGCGAUGAGACAGAUCAGCUUGGUGGGAGCAGUGGAUGAAGAAGUUGGAGAUUAUUUUCCAGAAUUCCUCCGCCUUUUGGAAGCCUCACCCUUUUUGAAACGCACGUUGCCGUGGGGAACGUUUUCCAGUCUUAAACUGAAGAGCCCGACGGAGAGCGACGACGGGCCCAUCAUGUGGGUACGACCCGGAGAGCAGAUGAUUCCUGUAGCCGACAUGCCAAAGUCACCUUUCAAAAGGAAAAGGACUACCAAUGAAAUCAAAAACCUGCAGUACCUACCUCGGGCCAGUGAGCCCCGUGAGAUGCUGUUUGAAGACCGGACACGGGCCCACGCUGAUCACAUCGGGCAGGGCUUCGAGCGCCAGACUACAGCAGCCGUGGGAGUCCUGAAGGCAGUGCACUGUGGAGACUGUGCGGAUCCCCCUCGAAUAACCAAAGAUGUGAUUUGCUUUCACGCCGGGGAUUUCUUGGAAGUAGUGCAGAGGCUCCAGCUGGAUUUGCAUGAGCCUCCCCUGUCGCAGUGCGUGCAGUGGGUGGAUGACGCAAAGCUCAACCAGCUCCGGCGGGAGGGCAUCCGCUACGCGCGGAUCCAGCUUUACGACAAUGACAUUUACUUCAUUCCCCGCAACGUGGUGCACCAGUUCAAGACGGUCUCCUCCGUCUGCAGCUUGGCCUGGCACAUACGUUUGAAACAGUACCACCAAGAGGCAGAGGCAUCCAGCAGCUCCAACGAGUCGGAAGAAGGGACAGAAUCGAAAGUGUCCGCCGAGCCCAUGUGCGUCAAAGUGGAACCCGAGGACUGUCUGGAGCACACCAGAAUAUCUGUGGACUCAAAACCCCUCCAAGGAAGCAAAGAGCCUAAAGACGCCCAUCCAGUAGUCCAAACGGGACCGGUCGACGUGCCUCAGGAAAGGAAUACGAAGGCCGCCCCGCUCCCUCUGCCGGAGAGCAAACCGAAAGCCCAUCACUCUGAAUGUCGAGCUGCUCCGGCCAAGCAGCAGGGCAGUGCACUCGCGGGGGUCCUGAGCGCUAUCCGAACGACAAGGACUGAGAAACCCAAGGACACGUUGUACCCAAAGGCUCCCAUCACCCCUGAAGACACGAGGCCGCAGCCUUCCAUAAAACACCACCUGCACGAGCAGCAGAAAGACUUUUUAUACUAAUUUGUACAUAUUGUUUUUAAAUAGCUUUCUUUUUUUUUUUGUUUUUACUAUCUAAAACCGUGUGAUGUACUAUAUGGAUUAUGUAAGCUCUGUUGGGCAAGCGUGUGACUUGCACUCUACUCUGUUAUUGAAUGAAUACAUAGCAAAUGUAGCUUGUAACAUUCCUCAGUGCCUGUCCGUAACUGUGAAAUAUCAAAGCACUUAGGGCCAGCUGCACUGUUACACUGCAGGUUUUAAAUAAACAGGUCCUUAAAUAAUAUAUUUUUGAGUUGUAGGUUAUAGAUGUAUUAGAGCUGACAUAAACAUAUAUAUUUUUUGUAAGACGAGCCAGAAUUCUUUUAAUGACUCCGGGCUUUUCCAUAGAGCUUAUUUAUAUCAAGAUUUUUUUUUCCAUUUUAAAAUGUCAGCACUGUAGUGUAAAUAACUUUUUUCUAAACUUGUAGUGUGAUUUAUACUUCAAUAAGAACCUCCUAAUAAAGGUUCACAAUAUUGGAACGUUGUUGUUUAAAUAAGGGCUACGCUGAUCGAUCAAGCGCACGAGGCAAAGUGAGCCAUGACCAGGUAGGUUGAAUGGUUCCUCCCCAAUCACAGAUUUCUCCAGAAAAGUACUAAUAAAAAGGCUAUUUUUUCUAUAGAACAAAGGCACUUAAUGUUGAAAGAUAAGAUUAAUUAAAAGCAAUGAAAUGGAUCCAUAGAAUUAAGUAUCUGCUUCAUGCAUUUUCAAUAUAAAUGUCUUUCAGGAUGCUUCUUGUCUUAGUCAUCUGGUUUUCUUGUCUUCUUCCUUUGGAACUGAGUGAGAUGAGAGCAAACAUUUCUUCCAUUCUAGAUGGAUUUUAUUUUUUUUAAAUCCUUUUUAUGAACGUUAUUUUAUUAGCAUUAUUAAAAUGAGAGCGGUUGAUGCUCUCAUUUUAACCACUUCAACUUCAAAAAGAAAAAAUGAAAGGGGGAUUCUGGUUCCCAGUAACUGUGUACUGUGUAGACGUACACAGUGCAGAGACUAUGGUGAAUUUGAUGAGGCCUCUAACUACAGUACACAGUGCAUGAUAGAUGGCAUGGAAACAUUAGCCGUCCCAGAUCUAUAGGUAGUCAUUUGAAGUGUUUAUAAGUGGAUACUUAGCUGAAAGAUACUCAGUGAGAUAAACACAGUCUGGCUGCAGUGCGGCUUCUGUAAACUAUACAUAAGAAUUUGUGUUUUGAGUGUUUGCUUUUCUCAUGGGAUGUUCCUGUAAACUGGCCAGAUCUGUUUCCCUGUUACAAACACACAAGACCUUUUCGUGUUUUCGAACAAAGUGGACAGCUCUUCACUUUCCCUUGCGGCUGCAGAGUGUUCCGCUUCGUCAGUCCCUCAAGCAGUUCGCAGCUGACCCUGAUCACCAGUCCCACAGUCUGUUUGGCUCGCAUUUUAGUCCUGCAGCUGAUUGAUGUGCGUGUAUAAUAUUAUGCACUUUAGCCAGUCUUGAAGAAUUGACUACUUCCACUAUAUUUUUUUCCCAAAAGAAAAGAGAUCCAUGCAGUGCAAAGUUAUAGCUAUGAGAUGUACAGUCUGUAAUGAUCAGAAAACAUCCUAUGCUCUGAGGGAAGUACCUUUUGCCCAUUUGGGAUACUCUCUAGUGAAGAUGAAAUCCAGAUCGAAUUUUAAAGGGUGGCAUGUUCAAUGCACACUAAAAACAUGGAACAUGACCCUUUCUGGCUGACAGUCUACAUGGGCAUUUUAUGUUAUUACUCAGAAGUAGUUUGAUUUACAUGCAUCACAAAGUCUUGCAACUGAGCAAUGCGUAUCUUAGGCUUGAGGAGAACACUUAAGUUAUUAAAAGUUUACGAUUAGUGCCAUUAGGUUUUUAAAUAAAUGUCUAAAUUUGAAAAUACUGCUUGUACUAGAAUUAAACAUAGAACGUCUAAAAUACAAAAGCUGGCCUAAUAUUUUGUAAAGCUGAUGUGUGCCUUAUUUAAGGCUGCAAUGUGAGUACAUCGAUGCAUCAGCAGUUCCGAUUUUCAGGAUUGCAGCCUGUCUUUGAUACUAAAUAUGUAUUAAAAGCUCCCAGGAACUGGA